AUGACAUGGCAUGGCCCCUACCGUUUUGGCUUGGGGAAGGGAUGGGCUGACAAGCUGAUCAUUUUUAUGAGAAAAUGUGGAGGGCUUGCUGAUGAUGGGGGGCAGGAAGGGGACGCCAGAGGAACAUACCAGAAUUUUUCAUCGUCAGGAGCACGUUGUGUUCUUGAGAAAUCUUUCUUGACUGACGGCGGUGCCCGAUACCAGUGUCUGACAUCAGAGAUCAUAGCCGAAAAGAUCAGUGAAUGGAUUGAAACAGAGGAAUGUUUGAACGACUGCGGGCUUGAGAGAAUUGUAGUAGGAUUGUCCAGUGAUGGUCUAAUGGAGUACAGAUUCACCAGCAAAUUGUGCUCUCCAAAGUGCUAUAACAACUGCCACAACAUCAUUAAUCUCUACUUCAAUCUUGCUGCAGGAGAAGGAGUUUUCCUGCCUCGGCUGUGCCAAGCUCACAGAAGUGGAUCCCGGCGCAUGGUAAGAGAAGUUUGGGAUGGUGCACGCUCAAGUAUAACAGCUGAAUCAUUCGAAUUUGCUUCUGCUCCUUCUGCUUCUUCUUCAACUAUGGACAUCACAACUGCCAUUCCUGUGGCUUCUCCAGUUCCAUAG